UCUACGAUUCAUUUAGUGUAGCGAUGACUAUGGUAAACUUUAGCUUUAUUUUCUCGUUUAUACUGAUAAGUGUGUUCUUCAAUGGUGUUCACAAUUAUCACGCCGUGGUCGUUAUCCAUGGCGUGCUCACGGGGAGCGAGAGUAUGCAACUUAUCAGCGAUCGUAUUCAGGCGAUGCAUCCUGGAACCCAAAUUUACAAUACACCAAGGUACGGGGGAUGGAGCAGUUUGGAGCCGAUGUGGAAGCAGGUCGAUGAAAUAGGGACCGAUGUUAUUUCUAUCGGCGCCGCGUUUCCCGAGGGAAUAAAUUUAAUCGGGUACAGUCAAGGUGGCUUGCUGGCUAGGGCCAUACUGCAAAGAUUCCCCGAUCAUAAUGUGAGGAACUUUAUCUCUUUGAGCUCGCCACAGGCAGGACAAUAUGGAACGCGAUUCCUGCAUUUAUUUUUCCCGGAUCUAGUGUGCGAGACCGCUUACGAGCUCUUUUACUCGAAAGUCGGCCAAAGUAUCAGCAUCGCUAAUUAUUGGAACGAUCCUCAUCGUCAGCAAUUAUACUAUAAGUACAGUCGAUUUCUCCCGUAUGUGAAUAAUGAAAGGAAUACGACGAAAUCCGAAAAAUUUAAACGGGGUAUUACCAAACUGAAGCACAUGGUGCUCAUUGGAAGUCCCGAGGACGGGGUAAUUACUCCGUGGCAAAGCAGUCACUUCGGAUUCUUCGAUGCCAAUGAAACUGUGAUAGACAUGCAUAAUAGAUCUAUUUAUAUGGACGAUUCGAUUGGAUUAAAGACGCUAGAGGAGAGCGGCAGACUCACGCUCAUUACAGUACCUAAUGUUCCUCAUUAUGAGUGGCACAAAAAUGUGUCUAUAGUCGAUGACUUUUUACUGCCAUAUUUAGAUUAAUACGAAUCAUUUAGAAUUAAGAAUUGACGUGUAACGCGGAGGACAGUUCGCGUUAAGAAGCAAGAUUUCGAUAGAUCAUGACAAGACAUGUAACUGUACAAAUUUUUACAAAUGACCAGAAGUUUUUGGAUGUAAUAAGGAUCUGAAUAUUCUGUAAAGGGUAUAUAAAAUCGGAGUAUUCAAAGAUAAGUAAAUACCUCUUAUACAUAUGUAAAACGAAUUUUAGAGGCAGCUCAAUAAUAUGAUGCUUAUGUACAUAUUUUUAUCUUUUAUUGCCAAUAAAUGUUUACUAG